GGUUACGACUGGAACGGGAAAGGGCUUAGACUUUCUCCUCCGCAGCUGUCCCACAAGCCAAUCCCUUGACCUGACCCUGGAGAAUCCCUCCAACUCUGGCCCUCGGAGCUGAUUUUGGACCUGCAGCGAGCCAAAGGAUUGGAAUGCAGAUCCGGAGGGGAAACCUCCGCGUCUGUUCUUGCAAGAAGCCAGCUGUGGUAACCUGGAGGCAAUCGGCUGGGCAAAGGAGAAGAAAGGGUACUCUGGGUAACAGAGAAGGUAUUCCGGGAAGCGCGUCUCCCAAGUUUUCUCUGGUGGAAAGAGACGGAUGAGAGUUGACAUCCAUUUCUAGCCAACCGAGCGGAACGAGGUUACUUGCACCAUGCCUUCCCACCUCGACUUCUCACCCCUUGCCGCUCGGACAAAGCGGCCACACUAGGUGACUGGGGUCAACGAUGUACUUGGCACGAAACCAAAGACCCGAGAGCCGGUCCCGUCCAUAUUCUGCCCCUUGGACCUCGGAAGGUUAAAGGGAAGAUUGCUGAGGUUUCCCCUCUGCGUUGUUUCGCACCUGGGCUGAUCCGAACAGUCGAAACUACUAGAAAUGUCCCUUUCCGCGCCCAGGCUCUCUUCACCAUUCAGGGGAAAAAACUGUACCCUCAGACUUAAGUAGGGGCUUAGUGACUUUCAAACUCCCAUUCCCAACAUUCACAUCUUUACAUUGUCCCCCCCCCCCCCUUUUUUUUUCUUUUCCUUUUUGCACAUUACGCUGAGCCAGGCACUGUGGACUUCUAAUCUCUUUUUAGCCGGGGAGGGGGAGAAGCCGGCGCGAGGGACCGGUCUCCGCUCCUCGCCGCAGAGUUAGAGUCCCCAUCCCACCGGGGUGUCCACCCAGGCGACUCUUCUCCCAGUUCCCCACCCAGUUGAUGUGACAGGCUCGUGGCCCAAUCCUCUUCCAGGUUCCCAGGCCGAGGGCUAGCACCACCCGAGCCAAUGGCGGCGGCCGAGGGGCGGAGGGAGCGCUGGCUUUAGAACCACUGCCGCAAAGAUUUCGAGAGGCAGAAGUUGUCCGGGCGCGUCGGUCGGAGGCUGUCGGGCCAGAUCCGGGACUCUGCGACUUUAUGGAUGGUGCUUUCUCGCUAGUUGCUCUUAACUUGUUGCCUACCUGCGGCUGCAGUCCUGGACGCCAACCCUUGCCCUUCUCCCCUUCCGUGGCGGCCGCCCCGAAGUGGAAACCGAGCGCCUAACUUCCCUCCGUCGUCCUUCCCCGGCUACUGCCAUCCCCCGCCCCCCGCCCCCUCCCGCCCCGGACUCAGGAAAUCCCGGAGCCGGCCGCCUGCGACGCCUCCAGCCCCGGCUCGCCCGCCUCGGCUGACCUCGCGGGCUCACGCCAGUUCCGGGGCGCUGAGCGGCUGCCUUGGCCCAGGGAAAUUAGCGGGGCUCCGACUGCCGGCCUCCCGCUCGUUUCCCUGGCCAUUCGCGAGAGCGCCGCGAUCGCACCGCAUCUCCCUAUGAAGCCUCAGACUACUCUGAAAGGUGUUUUUACCCAACUUAUCUACUGAGACAUUUGUCCCUCUUUCGUGACAUUUUAACAUCCUAGACCUUUAAAUGGACGAGAUGGCUACCACUCAGAUUUCCAAAGAUGAGCUUGAUGAACUGAAAGAGGCCUUUGCAAAAGUUGAUCUCAACAGCAAUGGAUUCAUCUGUGACUAUGAACUUCAUGAACUUUUCAAGGAAGCCAAUAUGCCAUUACCGGGAUACAAAGUGAGAGAAAUAAUUCAAAAACUCAUGCUGGAUGGUGACAGGAAUAAAGAUGGGAAGAUAAGUUUCGAUGAAUUUGUUUAUAUUUUCCAAGAGGUAAAAAGCAGUGAUAUUGCCAAAACCUUCCGCAAAGCGAUCAACAGGAAAGAAGGGAUUUGUGCUCUGGGAGGCACUUCAGAGCUUUCCAGUGAAGGAACACAGCAUUCUUACUCAGAGGAAGAAAAAUACGCUUUUGUUAACUGGAUAAACAAAGCUUUGGAAAAUGAUCCCGAUUGCAGACACGUUAUACCAAUGAACCCAAACACCGACGACCUGUUCAAAGCUGUUGGUGACGGAAUUGUGCUUUGUAAAAUGAUCAACCUUUCAGUUCCUGAUACAAUUGAUGAAAGGGCCAUCAACAAGAAGAAACUUACGCCCUUCAUCAUUCAGGAAAACUUGAACUUGGCACUGAACUCUGCUUCUGCCAUUGGGUGUCACGUUGUGAACAUCGGUGCAGAGGAUUUGCGGGCUGGGAAACCCCAUCUGGUUUUGGGACUGCUCUGGCAGAUCAUUAAGAUCGGUUUGUUCGCCGACAUUGAAUUAAGCAGGAAUGAAGCCUUGGCCGCCUUACUUCGAGACGGGGAGACUUUGGAGGAGCUCAUGAAACUGUCUCCAGAAGAGCUUCUGCUUAGAUGGGCCAACUUUCAUUUGGAAAACUCGGGCUGGCAAAAAAUCAACAACUUUAGUGCUGACAUCAAGGAUUCCAAAGCCUAUUUCCAUCUUCUUAAUCAAAUUGCACCAAAAGGACAAAAAGAAGGGGAACCACGGAUAGAUAUUAACAUGUCGGGUUUCAAUGAAACAGAUGAUUUGAAGAGAGCAGAGAGUAUGCUUCAACAAGCAGACAAGUUAGGUUGCAGACAGUUUGUUACCCCUGCUGAUGUUGUCAGUGGAAACCCCAAACUGAACUUGGCCUUUGUGGCUAACCUGUUCAAUAAAUACCCAGCACUAACGAAGCCAGAGAACCAGGAUAUUGACUGGACUCUAUUGGAAGGAGAAACUCGUGAAGAAAGAACCUUCCGUAACUGGAUGAACUCUCUUGGUGUUAAUCCCCACGUAAACCAUCUCUAUGCUGACCUCCAAGACGCCUUGGUAAUCUUACAGUUGUACGAACGAAUUAAAGUUCCUGUUGACUGGAGUAAGGUCAAUAAACCUCCAUACCCAAAACUCGGAGCCAACAUGAAAAAGCUGGAAAACUGCAACUAUGCUGUCGAACUGGGGAAGCAUCCUGCCAAAUUCUCCCUGGUCGGUAUUGGAGGGCAGGACCUGAAUGAUGGAAACCAAACUCUGACUUUAGCUUUGGUCUGGCAGCUGAUGAGAAGAUAUACCCUCAAUGUUCUGGAAGACCUUGGAGACGGGCAGAAAGCUAAUGACGACAUCAUCGUAAGCUGGGUGAACAGAACAUUGAGUGAAGCUGGAAAAUCAACUUCCAUUCAGAGUUUUAAGGACAAGACGAUCAGCUCCAGCUUGGCGGUUGUGGAUUUAAUUGAUGCCAUCCAGCCGGGCUGCAUAAACUAUGACCUUGUUAAGAGUGGCAAUCUGACAGAAGAUGACAAGCAUAAUAAUGCCAAGUACGCGGUGUCCAUGGCUAGAAGAAUUGGAGCCCGGGUGUAUGCUCUCCCCGAAGACCUUGUGGAAGUAAAGCCCAAGAUGGUCAUGACCGUGUUUGCAUGCUUGAUGGGCAGGGGAAUGAAGAGAGUGUAAAAUAACCAAUUUGAAUACAAACAGCCUUGCUCCCAGGUGCAUGGUUACCAGGGCAGCUAUUUCCAGGUGAUGUGCUCAUGGCUUAAGGAACUGUUGGUCAUCCUGAGAGCCCACAGGGGAAAGAGGUUGAAUGAAAACGACUCCCCUUUCCCAUCGCCGAAGUUGGAUUUGUCAGGCACCCCUGAAAUGUGCUCACGGCCAACAACUCAUUUACUCUCUCCUCCUAGAUUGCUGCCCUGGAUACUUCCCAUUGCUGUAUGUUAUGUCCGUGUAUCUUUUUCCCUCCUAGAACAUCCACAUCUUGAGACGUGCUUAGAUGAUUGGAUAUGAAUAUUCUUAGACCAUAAUUUUGCUUUCCAUCCAGUAUGCUCGUUCUCAUUCGAGAACUGUGGUCGGAGGGUAUUUGGAUAGGAGUACCUUUUGCUUUCUCUUCGUAGUACUGAAAAUUGGCAGAAGUAACUGGCUGUGCAGAAUGUAAUAGAAGCUUUUCGUAUUCUUUUAUUCUGAAAAUCAGUAUCUUUUUACAGUAUUCUUUCUACAUGAUCUUUUUUGUACAUUUAAGAAUAUUUUGAUUACAUUAAAUAAGACUGCUGAUUUUGCUACUUUUUUUAAGGGGUCUUCAAGUAAGUAAAAACCAUACAUUAUAGGUAGAGGAACAAAACGGACCUUCCAAUUUGCAUACCCUGGCCUCUCACACCCAAGCUGUAAACAAUUGACGCAUCUUAUCUUAAAACACUUGGUUCAGUAUACGCUUCUUUGUGUUACAACCUGUAUCCUCAGACUCUCUCUUUGGAUUUAAAAAUGUUGGUGAAUGACACUUUUGAGGAGAGAGUGUGCUCGGACCGUAGACAGGAUAUGCUAAGUGUACCAUCGAAUUUCCAAUUUUACACCUAAGACAAGGAGAUGUGGUCACUAAAGAAUAAAAAUAUGUAUGUAGGACUUAAUGUACUCUUGCUUUGUCCAGCUAUUUGCUAUAGUUUUCAAGAUCAUAAUGUUACUCUAACUCUGAAAAGUGAUGUAAUCUGGUAGCAACGUAUUAGUUCAAAUAAAGGCAUUUACAUAAUAA